AUGGCAAACGUGGUGACCCAGACAAGGUCCAGAUCACAACUAAUUCAACGGAGAUCCAGCCGCCAGGCUUCGUCCCGGGAUAGGCAUGGCAAAAUAUUCGAAGAGACAGAACACCCUACCAUUCGCGCUGUGACGCCAGAUUAUAUUACGCCUCGCGCCGAAUCUUUCGAUGCCAGUCAAUUCCACUCGCCAGUACUGCAGCCGACACGCACGCGGCAUUCACAAAGGAGGAGAGAAACAUCCGCAUCUGCGUCGAAUACUGAGGAAGAGAGCACGAUUGAGCGAAGAAGGCGGAGGGCACAGACAAGAACAAGUACAAACGAUGAAAACCCCGUGGAUAUCUCGCCCGGGUCCUUUAUCACCAAAACUCGGAAGAGGCUUGGAUCCAUCGCCACGGGUCUUCCCAUCCUCCCUCCUGAUGAGGCUCACGGAUCAAUUGGGUUCCCUUCAGUGGUACAGAGUCCCGAGCUCUUAGACCAACACGGUCCACCGAAGACUCCGCGCCGACCAUUUUCCCCAAAUGACGCCUUUGGCGCCAGCGCAAGCAGUCUUCGGUCUCCCAAAUUGCUUGAUAUCGACUCGGGCAAAAUUCUGCAUCUCAUGAAAACUACCUGUGGACGAAUGCAUGGUAUCCUUUUCUUUAGGCCACUGCAUACAACGGCAUGGGCUUCUGGCUAUUGUGCUAUCAAUGUCGCGCCUGGCAGUCUGGUAUGCCAAACGAAAGGCGAGAUCAAUCAAUCUAAGGUAUUGAUAGCAGAUCUGCGAGGAUGCACUGUCAGGACUCACUACGACCAUGAAUCUCAGAGCACUUAUCUCAGUGUUUUGGUUGCAUCGUCAGGAACGGGCUAUCAGCUUCGACCCCCAGUGCCUGAAACAUUUGACUCAUGGCUUGCAGCAUUGUUGUGUUGGCAGCCGUUAAGACCGAAGGGAAUACACAACAAGAUGACCAAACCUCAACCAGUUGGAAUCGCUGAGAAAAAGGCAGUGUCGCAAAGGCGACUUUCUGAUCUCACUAAUCCAAAGGCCACGGCUAUCGUCAAAGUGGGAAAGAUGCUACUGUGGGAUGGACCACUGCCCUCGGGAUCUCAGCUUGAAUCUUCACCUGGUAGCCUCGGUCGGUCGAUGACAGAAGAAAACUACCUCUGGCGUAGAGUGAGCUGCGCUCUCCACGAAAAUGGCACCUUCCGCCUUCUCAGCGAGAUCGACAGUCAGGUUCUCUCGGUGACAUUGUUGCCACAACUUUCGCGCUGUGCAAUUCAGCGACUGGACGAAAGUGUGCUGCGGAUGCCACACUGUAUUGCGAUCUACCCUCAUUAUCGUGUCCAAACCCCUGCUGUCGGGCUUUCGAGACCCAUGGUCUUGUGCUUAGAAUCCAAUGUCGCACUCGAAGCCUGGUUUGUCUUACUACGAGCUCUGACGGUGCCGGAGUUAUAUGGCCCAGAACAAUUGUCUCCCGAAGACGCACAGGCUUUGUCGUACCCAUCUCAACACAGCAACAACGUCUCUACGCAGGGCAUGUUUCGGAUAGAGCGAUCUCUUUCGAUCAAAAUAACCGAGGCAAAGUUUACCCAGCGGUCGGCUCCAAUGGAUACCUAUAAGUACAACAAGGGAAAGGGAAAAUCUGCAAAAGUUGAGCAGAGCAAAGAAGGGGUAUACGCGGAGAUUAUGCUGGGCAAGGACUUGCGGGCCCGGACCUCAACCAAGCAGACGGUUUCUUCGGCCUUUUGGGCGGAAGAGUUCAAUUUACCAGACAUUCCCGCAGCUUUGUCCAAGAUCACCAUCGCAGUCAAGCUCGGAAAUCCUGCAGAGAAAGAAUGGACGAUGGUCGCUGAUAGCCUCUACGAUAUCUCGGCAGAUGCUGGCUACCUUUCCGGCCUCGGCGGCUUGGAAAUCUCAUCCCACGAUCCGAUCUAUGGGAGGGUGGACGUCUCAAUCGAUGAAUUGGAACGUAGUGGCACUAUCGACAAGUGGUGGCCUUUGUUGGACAACAGCGAUCGUUCCGUUGGCACGCUUCUGGCUCGAUUUACGCUGGACGAGACGGUUAUUCUGAUGGAGUCCGAGUACGAAGAAUUUGCCGCUCUUCUGCAAAACUACACGAAUGGCUUGACAACACAAAUCGCUCAUCUCCUGGGACCCGAUCUUCGACAACUGUCGGACAUCCUUCUGGACAUAUUCCAGGCGUCGGGCACUGCCACUGACUGGAUCAACAACCUUGUGGAGGAAGAAAUUGACGGCAUCUACAAAGAUACACCCCCAAUGCGAAUGCGCUUCAGUGGCCGCAUCCACUCCAAUGAUUCGUACGAGUCGGCCGAGCAGAGAGAAAUGCUAGUCCGUGACCUCAGUCGAUCAGCUACAAUGGAGGCCAACUUACUUUUCCGGGGCAAUUCCCUCGUAACCAAGGCACUAGAUGCUCACAUGCGCAGACUAGGAAGAGACUAUAUGGAGGAUGUCCUGGGUGAAAAAUUGCGCAAGAUCAUCGAAAAAGAUCCUGAUUGCGAAGUCGAUCCCAGCAGAGUCCGAUCGCCAGAUCAGCUCGACAAGAACUGGGCCAACUUGUUGUUUCUCACCAGUGAAAUUUGGAAGUCGAUCUAUGCAUCCGCGGCUCAGUGUCCGAUGGAUUUGCGCGUCGUUUUCCGCCAUGUCCGGUCUUGUGCAGAGGAUCGAUAUGGCUCUUUUAUUCGGACGGUCAAGUACACGAGCGUCUCCGGUUUUCUGUUCCUUCGUUUCUUUUGUCCCGCAAUUUUGAAUCCGAAACUCUUCGGCUUAAUCCAGGAUUUGCCCCCUGACCGCACGAAGAGGACUUUUACAUUGAUUGCAAAGUCACUCAAUGUUCUUGCAAACUUGGCACGAUUCGGCACCAAAGAGCCCUGGAUGGAACCCAUGAACAAGUUUUUGGCAGCGUCGACGAAUCAGUUCAGAGCCUACAUCGACGAGAUAUGUUCCGUCAGCUCCUCCCAGAUUGCUUCGGCUAAACUCGAGCCUCAAUAUGCCGCGCCAAAUCAGAUACGAGGCCGACUUCCAGCCCUGUCCCGCGAGGGCCUCCCCAGCCUUCCAUUCCUUCUGGACCAUGCAAAGCUGAUGGCACAGCUCAUUGACCUCUGGGUUACGCAUGCUCCUGAAAACAUUAGCGAAGCAACUGACGACGAGGCUGUGCAAGCAUUUCAUGCGGUGUGCGUGAGGCUCUCGCAAAGGAGCAAAGAAUGCCUGAAGGCUGCGGAGCAAGCUGAACGGCCCGACGAAAGGUCGGAACAUACGUGGCAACGGCUUGUAUCAGACCAGCAAAAUCCUAUGGCGCCUAACAACACUUUCGAAGUGACUUUACGAAGAUCACAGAGGGACAAUGAAAUCACGGCCCUUCCCCAAACGGCAGACACCGUGGCAGAUGUAGAAUACAAGAAUAUUGAACUCUCUCCAACUGUUGGAGAAGGCGACACGACACCAUCUAGCUCAACAUCAGCGUGGGAAAGACGGAUUCCCUACCCUCAACGGGCAGCAGAGACCCGAACAAUGACUGACUCGACGAAUUCAUCGACUGAUGCAGUUGAUAUGGUUGAAGAUGCUCGGCGGCCAAUGUCCAGCAGCCGCGAUGGUCCGGCCAAAAGCCGGUUGUUUGAAUUAAUGAGUUCUUCUUCACGGCGGAGAGGAAAAACUGGGGAUCGCAGUUACGUGGACGACGACGGGCACGAGCUUUGA